AUGGCCACCGUUUUUAAAGCAGCAGAGAAAGCAAUUGCCAAGAGCGAUGGCUCUAGCAAGACAAAAGACAAACGUGCCAACAAGCAGCGUGUGAUGUUGCUGUCCUCGCGUGGUGUCAACUUCCGUCACCGUCAUUUGCUCACCGAUCUCGAAGGCUUUUUGCCCCACUCCAAAAAGGAUGCCAAGCUCGAUACAAAGAACAACCUUUAUGUACUUAACGAACUUGCUGAGCUCAACAACUGCAACAACGCUAUCUUUUUCGAAGUACGCAAGCGACAGGAUCUCUACCUGUGGAUGUCCAAAACACCUAAUGGUCCUUCCGUAAAAUUCCAUGUACAGAACUUACAUACUAUGGAUGAGCUCAAGAUGACUGGUAACUGUCUCAAGGGUUCCCGCCAUGUCUUGUCAUUUGAUAAAACCUUUGAUUCUGCACCCCACUGGUCUUUGUUGAAGGAGUUGCUUGCACAGGUUUUCAACGUCCCUAAGGGCUCACGGAGAUCCAAGCCUUUUAUCGACCACGUCUUGUCUUUCUCAAUUGUCGAUAACCGUAUCUGGUUCAGAAACUACCAGAUUGUCGAGAAGAACCAGUUAAACACUCCUGGCUGCACAACAUUAGACAAGGGUGAUAUCUCGCUCAUUGAGAUCGGUCCUCGUUUCUGCUUGACAACAAUUCGUAUCUUUGAAGGUUCCUUUGGUGGACCCACUGUCUUUGAGAACCCUGAAUUCGUCCAUCCCAACUUCAUCCGUGCCUCUGUCCGUAAGGAGAAGCUGAAGAAGUAUCAGGACAGACAAAAGUCAAUCGAGACACGCAAGGUCCGUGUCAAGGAAGCCGAGGGUCAGGAGAGCGAGUUGAGCGACAAGAGAGUGUUCGAGUAAAACCAAAAACAAAACUGUUAAAUAAAUUCAAAUGUUCUAUUAUAU